AUGACUCUCUCUUUCUUUUUUUUUCUUUCUUUUGCAAAAUAUAUGGCUUUCCCUCUUUCUUUCUUUCCUUCUUUCCGUCUUUCUUUCUUUUACAAUCGACAUUUUCAUUCAUCGAAAAUAUAUGACUCUCUCUUUCUUUCUUUCUUUCUUUCUUUCUUUCUUUUGCAAAAUAUAUGGCUUUCCCUCUUUCUUUCUUUCCUUCUUUCCGUCUUUCUUUCUUUUACAAUCGACAUUUUCAUUCAUCGAAAAUAUAUGAAAAUAUGGCUUUCUCUUUCUUUCUUUUUCUUUUUUUUCUUUCUUUUCUUUUUUUCUUUUUUCAAAAUAUAUGGCUUUUCUUUCUUUUCCUUUUUUCCGUCUUUCUUUCUUUUACAAUCGACAUUUUCAUUCAUCUAUAUGACUCUCUCUUUCUUUCUUUUCUUUUCUUUCUUUCUUUUUAUAUGGUCUUUCCUUUCUUUCUUUUUCUUUUCUUUUUUUUUUUACAAUCGGCAUUUUCAUUCAUUGAAAAUAUAUGGCUUUCCCUCUUUCUUUCUUCCUUCUUUCCCUCUUUCUUUCUUUCUUUCUUUCAGGUUAGAUUGUGUUUUUAUUCCUUUUCACUACUCACCUUAUCUUACUGAAACUUUUUUUACUUUCUUACAAAAUUCAGAACUCCUUUUUUUUCUUUGUUUCUUUCAUCCUUUCUUUCUUUCUUUCUUUCUUUUAUUAGAUUGUCUUUUUCUUUCUUUUUCCCGUUAUCAUACUGAACUUUUUCCUACUUUCUUGCAAAAUUUAGAGCUCCUUUCUUUCUUUCUACUAUCUAUCACACAUUCCAUCCGACCAUCAAUUACUUUACUCUUCUACCAAGUAAACUCGUCAGACGAAGAAUCCUGCUUCUCUUUUCGCUUCGUGUGCAUCCAUAUUCUGAUCUACCCUAUAAGUAACUCAGUGGGCAUCAAUUCAUCUGUCGACUUACACACCUAUAACGCCAUCUUUCUUUUUCGUUUGUCUAUCCGUGCAAUUUAUUUAUCCAGCGAGUCUGUUGGAAUUCAGCUGAGAAAUGUUGUCAGUAUUUCAAAAGAAAACGCUUUCUCUUGCUCUUUGGUCGUUUGA